UGCCCCAUCUAUCCUUGUUCAUCUCAAUCCUCUCUCUCAACUCCCUCCUCUCUCCUCCUGGCCUUGUCCCCUCUCUCUCUCUCCAAGGGCAAAAGAAAGAACAAAAGUCCACACAUAAAAUGGGCUCUUUGGUGGGACAUGUAGCACCUGGCUUUGGCUUCUUUGUCAUUGGAUUAUGGCACCUCCUUAAUCAUAUCAAGCUCCAUGCUGUCAACCCCAACUACACAUCCUUGCCAUGGUUCCCCACCUCAAAGUUAAGGUACUUAGAGCUCUUCUUGAUCAUGGGAGGUUGCUCCAUGUCCAUAGCCAUGGAGCUAUUCAUUGGGCCGGCCGACCACCAACCUUUGGACCAAGAUGGCACCAUCCCCUCCAACCAUCUCCACAACUUUGAACACUCCUCCAUAUCCAUGACCUUCUUUGUUUAUGCCUCUUUUGCUAUCAUCCUUGACCGAAUGGGGCCCAAAGCCCAAUAUGGCCUCACCCAAUUGCUCGGUGCCAUCGCCUUCGCCCAACAACUCCUCCUCUUCCACCUCCACUCGGCCGACCACACGGGUGUCGAAGGCCAAUACCACUUGCUCCUUCAAUCUGUCAUACUUGUAUCCCUCGUCACCACUCUCAUGGGUAUUGGAAAUCCUAAGAGUUUCUUAAUUAGCUUUGUUAGGUCUCUUAGCAUACUAUUCCAAGGUGUUUGGCUCAUGUUCAUGGGCUUCAUGCUUUGGACCCCAGCGUUCAUGCCCAAAGGUUGUUACUUGAACUUGGAAGAAGGUCACAAAGUUGUCCGGUGCCACAGUCAUGAAGCACUAGAGCGUGCCAAAUCACUAGUCAACCUUCAAUUUAGCUGGUUCUUGAUUCUUGUGACUGUUUGUGCCAUGUGCUUGUACUUGUUCUUGAUCAAAAUUUAUGGCCACAAAGUUGAAUACAACUCUCUAUUGAAGUACGAAGAACGAGAUCUUGAGGAAGAUGAAGAUGAAGAUGUUGAGGCUCAGAAGAAAAGCAAACUUGGCGAGUCGAAGAGCUUUGUUCACUUGUGAAAAUCCUAUGCUACUAUGAACAUUGAAAGGUAGAAGAAGAAAGGAGAAAGGUUAUGAAUAAGAAUAGAUUUGUGAAGAAAAAAACAUACCUCAUACUUGUACAAAAGUUAAGAGUUAAUUAUAUAAUCGGAUACAACUCUCUUAUAUAGGAGAAUGUAAAUUUCACAAAAAUGUGAUCUCCUUUAUAUGAGAUGAUUAUAUCUGAUAGGUGUGUUAAUAUACUCUUUUAGAAAAGAGAAGAUUAGGUUGGUGGUUUUUUCA